AUGGCUCAGGCCCCGUCGCCCGGCGGCCCCGGGACCCGGCGCUUAAGCUUCUGGGGCCCCCCGACCCAGCGCCAGACCGACACUCCGACCGCCCUCCCGAUGUCCUUGCCGACCACCUUCCCCUCGGUGGCCUCGAGGACGGUCGAGAUGUCCCAGGGCCCGGAGCCGCCUCCGCCAGACCGCCCGCCGGGCCUAGGCCGCGACCACCAGCCGGACGGCGCUGGGGAGCCAGGCGCCCACACACGUGGUGGGGUCACCGCGGACAUCGACCAGGAGCCCGAGCCCGAUCCCGAGCCCGAGCCCGAUCCCGAGCCGGAGCCGGAGCCGGAUCAGGGCCCAGCAUCAGAGGAGCAGGCCGAGGGGCCCCGCCGUCCCAACUUCAACGCCCAGCAGCUGGAGGAGCUGGAGCGCAUUUUCCAGCACAACCACUACCCCAGCUCUAUGCUGCGAUGGGACCUCUCGAGACGCAUGGAAGUGUCUAUCUCCAAAGUGACGGUCAGUGAGUCUGGCCGGACAGGAGGGGAGGAGGUGCCCCGGCAGCAAACAGCAGAGCAGGAGCCCGGCUGUGUGGAGCCCAGCCUGCGGGGGCGGUGGAGGAGCAGAGUCCCGGGGCGUGGCUGUCCUGCCCGUGUGCCCGUGUGCCCGUGUGCCCGUGUGCCCGUCCUAGAGUGUCCACAGGCCCGGGAGGACGGCGCCAAGUCCCCGGAGAGCCAGCCGUCAGAGGAGAGUCAAGUGGAGAAGACGCCAGAGGGUGCUGCAGCUGAGAGCCCACCGCAACCAGCACAGGGCUCAGAACAGGGCAGCCAUCUACAACCAGAACCAGAGACACCAGCCCCUGGCCCAGGCGCAGGCCCAACCCCUGGCCCAACCCAUGGCCCAGCCCCUGGCCCAGCCCCUGGUCCAGCCCCUGGUCCAGCCCCUGGCCCAUCCCCUGGUCCAGCCCCUGGUCCAGCCCCUGGCCCAGCCCCUGGCCCAGCCCCUGGCCCAGCCCCUGGUCCAGCCCCUGGCCCAGCCCCUGGUCCAGCCCCUGGCCCAGCCCCUGGCCCAGCCCCUGGCCCAGCCUCUGGCCCAGCCCCUGGCUCUGCCCCUGGCCAUGCCCUUGCCUCAGCCCCAGCUUCAGCAGCCCCUGGCCCAGCCUCAGCCUCUGGCCCUGCCCCAGCCCCAGGCCCAGGCCCAGCUCCAGGCCCCAGGGCGGCAGGAGCCCCUCUGGAUCUGUAUGGUCUCUCAGCCUCUGAUGGUCUGGCCUCCAGUGCCCAUGGGCCCCGGCCUAAAUGCCCCCUAUGCAGGCCCUGUGGCUCCUUGUUUCCAUCCUCCCUUCCAGGCUCCUUUUGCUCCUCAGGGCCCUCCUCAUGUGGGCGCUCAGGGCCCUCCUGUGGGCCAUGCUCCAGUGGCUGCUCCAGUUCCUCCUCGCAAUGCUGCUGGCUUCCCCCCGCCCUUCCUUCCUCCCUACCCUCCCCUCUACCCACCUCAGGCCAACCCUCCAGGCCUCCCUCCCUACCCUCCUGUGUUGCCUCCUGCAGGGCAGCCCCUCUUCCUUCCUCCCAUGGCCCCCUUUGCUGCUGGGCCCGUGUUUCCAACCCCUCUGCCUCCAUGCUGCCUGGCUGCCCUAGCCAGUUCCUGGUACUAUACUGGCAACGGGGCUGCUAUGGCCCCUCCCUACAGAGGGAGGAUUCCGUGACCUGGCUGCCACCAAGGCCCAGAGCCUGCUCCACAUUCUGUGCCAGAAAGCACAGCCAGCCAGCCAGCCAGUGUCCUUCCAGACUGUGUGUCUUUAAAUAAAGCACAAACUCUG